AUGUCCCGCCGCGCACCACCCCGCGAUUAUUACGGCGACGAGGAAAUGUACGAAAUGGAACGAGAGCGUGAAAGAGACCAUCGACCGCGCCGACGAAAUCGCGAAUAUGACGAUGAUAUCGAAUAUCGGCGCCGAAGGUCCGACCCACCGGUCGAGGAUUUGGAGCGUUUACAUCUCCGAGAGCCAGAGCGUCCUCGACGGGAUUUCAUGGAAGAAAGCUUUGCGCAUCCGAGAGAGCGGGAUGAUAUGAUGCUCAGGCGGUCCAGGGAGGAAGCCGUCGUCUCAUCGCCCGAGCGUCGAGAUCACGAUGAACCCUACAUGCCGCCCUCGGGAUCUCGGCGCCGACAUCGUCCUCGGGAAAUCGCUGAUGAAGAUCUUAUUGUCGAAGAACGCGAGAGGCGUCGGGGAAGCAGGAGGCAUCAACGAGAGGUAGAGGACGAUCUUAUCGUUGAGGAGAGAGAGCGACAUGGUGAUCGGAGCCAUCGACCAGGACGAGAAGUCGAAGACGAUCUGAUUGUUGAAGAAAAAGACGUACGCCGUGAGGGGAGACAUCGUCCUGACCGCGUACCCGCAGGGAACUUCAUUGUCGAGGAAAGGGACCGGCGUGGGGAUAGGAGGCGUCGCCCAAAGACAGAAUUCGAAGAAGAUGAUCUUCUUGUCGAGCGGGAGAGGCGUCGAGGGGGCAGGCGUCACCCACGGGAGAUUGAUGAAGAAGGUCUCAUAGUCGAAGAGAGAGAAAGACGCAGAGAGCGGAGGCCUCUCCCAGACCGCGAAUUCGAGGAGGAUAUCCGCUUUGAGGAAAGGGAACGGCGCAGGCCGAGCAGGCGCCAUCCAGAACGACGUUCUGAAGAUGACCUUCUUUAUGAGACCGAGAAGCGCAGAAGCAGGCGCCGUUCAGAGCGCAGGUCUGAGGACGAUCUCAUUGAGGAGAAAAAAAUACAUCGGUCAAACAAGAGACACCCCGAGCGCGACCUUGAAGAAGAUCUGAUCAUUGAAGAGCAAGGAAGGCACGAUGAAGAAAGGAGGCGCCGCGAGUUCGACGAAGAUGAAAUGGUCAUUCGACGAAGAGGAAAGGAACCACCCAUGCGCCGCGGAUGGGACAGUGAACAAGACUUUCGACGGCGCGACAGAAGGUUUGAGGAGGAGCGAGAUGAAGUCUAUCUCCGCUCACGGCCUAGACCUCCACCUUCUCGUGGGGUGGAAGUGGAGGAAGUCUUGGACGAAAGACCCGCGGAGCGACCCCGGGGCGCCAUGGAACGCCAAGAACGAGAAUUCGAAGAUGAUGAUGUACUCAUCCGGUGGAAAGGCAAAGGCCGCCGGCCACCCCACCAAGGCGAUGAGGAGGAGCUUAUUUUGCGCGAACGACGAGAGCGACGGCAGAGCCCUCCAGUGGAAGAACUCGAACGUGAGCUGAGAGAACUCCGUCGAGCUGGCAGAAAGGAAGAUCUAGUGGAUGAUGAGAUGACUACACGCUCCACAUUUGAUUCCAAAUCGCGCCCCCGAGAUCUUGAAGAGGAUGAGGAGCUAGAUGAAGAAAUUCGAAUCCGAAAGACCCAGAACAAGCUCCCUUCACGCCCACCUUCACCUUCCAUGGAGUCAAUCCAUGUUCCUCCGAUUCACCAGGAUGUUUUUACACACCACAGGCACAUCGAUCAUGGUUUCGAGGAUGGGCAUCCACCUCAUGUGCCUAGUCCAGGUCUCCGGGAGAAAGGCAGCUUUGACGAAAUCGAUAUCCGCCAUCGGAAAAUGCGAGGUGGCCGAAUGUCCGGAGAGGAUAUAGCCAUCAAACACCGCGAUAGCGAUGAGUCAAUCUCUCCGACAAGCCAUCCAUCUGUGGACUUCCAGGAUCCAUGGGAGCAUGGCACAUCCGCCUCUCGUCGGGUCGGACUAUUGGAUGAUGACAACGAAUCGUUAGGUACCGCGAGAUCGUUUAGCCGUAACAGAAAGGCUGCACCCAUCAUGCAUGAUCUGGAAGAUGAUAUUGAAAUCGAGAGCACCCCGACAGAAAUACGCGCCGCUCAGGACACUGAUGGUUGGUCUGUGGUCCAGGCACCCACGCGGAAAGAAGCCAUCGAGAUGACAGGAGCUCUAGACGUCAUUGAAGUCAAACCCCGGCGCAAAUCCGUGGAACAAGCAGAGUCAGGGCGAGUUGCACAGCAGAUAACCGAGCCCAAGGUUGUGCGAGAUGACCGAUGGACUGAAAUCACUAAGAAGCUAGUGGUCAGGGAAGCGAUCGAAGAGAUGGGGUAUGAGUAUGAAGAGACACGGGCCUAUUACUAUAUAUUUUCUUACCUCAAGCCGGAGGACAUAGAUGAGCUUGUUGAUUUGACCGAUUCUAUUCGCAGCGCACGCCGCAGGCGGAUCACUGAGAUCCAUCGUGAACGUUCAUCUGUGCCGCCACCCAUGCCGCGCGUGCGGCCACACAUGGGUCCUCCUCGUAUGGGCAUGCCCCCGCGUGCACGUAUGAUGGAGAAGCGUAUGCGCGAGAUGAGAGAUCGGGAUUGGGUGCUUGAACCCCAGUGGUGA